AUGUAUUGCUCUUACAAUUGCAACAAGAAAGCAUGGAUGACAGGAAAGAUAUUUGAAAUCUUCUUGGCGAAAUUCGACCGCUUCUUGAAGGCUGAGAAGAGGAGGGCUGUUUUGUUGGUUGAUAACGCAUCAUGCCAUUCUGUUCGUGCGGACUAUGAAAACCUUACCUUGAAGUUCUUUCCACCCAACAUGACUGCCAAAAUACAGCCCUUGGACGCAGGAAUUAUUCGCGCGGUUAAGGCACACUACAGAGGUGAACUUGUGCGGCACUACAUCGCUUGCGCGGAAGACAACAAACCGCAAACUAUUGACUUGAGGUGGUGCCUUCAAAAGCUGAAGAGGGCGUGGGACGCAGUGAGGCCUCAAACCAUUGUGAACUGCUGGCGUCACGCAGGUAUUCUUGUUAACAACUCUGCUAUGGAGGUGGAGGAUCCGAUGGAUGAACUUCCGCUCGCGGCCCUUCGUGAAGCUCUUCGACAACUCGGGGAGAAAAACCCAGAUGAAGAGGCAUCGGCAUUCUUGGAUAUAGACGAAGAGACUAACAGCUGGGAGCUUAUGAGCGACGAGCAGAUCAUGGAGCUUGUCGGUGAAUCCGCUCAACAGGGCCAUCAACUUGUCGAAAACUUUGCGCCGACAGAAACAGACGAUGAAGAAGAGAGACCAACCGUUACUCGAUGUGAAGCUCGCCGUGGCUUGGAGACAGCAAUCGCCUACCUUGAGCAGGAGGGGGACGGAGAACGUGCACUUCAAGUGGCCAAAGUGCCACUUGGCUUUUUGGACACUAAAGUGGGAUCGAAAGCGUCAGUGCAAACUCAUAUCUCCUCGUUCUUUGCGAAAUAA